AAUUGAGCAGUUUCAGUGGGAGGGUGCGCGACCCUCUUGGAUGCAUACGUCGCGUUCGAUUGAGGUUAUUUACGUUUUUUAAAUGGUUGAAUCAUGUUCAAGGGAUUCAGCCACAUAUGUGUGGUUAUAGUUUACGCCUUCGUCGUCCACGUUCAUGGAUGGGAGUUAAAUAGCGGAGAUACGAAAGGUGGAGUAGCCUCGGAGUUCAGCCACCACAGUAUCGUAACUCCUCGAGUCACACACUCAAGAACCAAAAGGAGUCUCGAGUCUACGAGAGAGAAGGAUGGUCACGCCCAUGACAUUACUUUAGGUCUCACUAUAAAUGAUGAAGAUAUUUUAGUAGAUUUACAGUUGCAAAGGGAUUUGUUACCCAGAGAUUAUUUUGAGAAAUAUUACCACAAUGGGUCGCAGUACAUCCAGAGACCAAGCGCCGGGGAUGUUGAUCUGUGCCAUUAUCAAGGAAUAAUUCGAGGGCGAAUCGGGUCCUGGGCUGCGGUCUCCACCUGUAGCGGUUUAAGCGGUGUGGUGUUUGAUGGAGAGGAAGUCCAUUACUUGGAACGCAUUCCCGAUACGACAGCAGCUAAUAUAGAGAGUCCUCAUUACCUCUUCAGACAUUCAGACGUCAUUCCACAAAAUUAUUCUUGUGGAUACUCAGGGAAACCUCAUCCUGUUCGUGACCUUUUUCAUGAUGAGAACUUUAAAAGAUUGCUCAGAUACAAGCGUAGCAGUGAUGGUAAUAGCAACAUCCGGGGCCCUUAUAAUGCCAAUGCCCUUUCAAGAUAUGUCGAAUUGGUUUUGGUGGCAGACAAGUCCGAGUAUGAAAAGCAUGGCCACAAAAUUAAGAAAAUAUAUCAGCGAUGUAAAGACAUUGCCAAUAUAGUUAAUGCGCUAUACCGACCGCUCAACAUAUUUAUCGCUCUGGUCGGAGUAGAGGUUUGGAAGGAUGAAGAUCAGGUUGAAAUCUCGUCUGAUGGUGACAAGACGCUGACAAAUUUCCUCAACUACAGGAAAGUGAGACUUAUCCGAGAACACCCGAAUGAUAAUGCACAAUUGCUUAUAGGAACACAGUUUGCUGCCGGUGUUGUAGGAAAAGCUUUGAAAGGUCCAAUUUGCACUUAUCAGUAUUCUGGUGGGGUCAACAUGGACCACAGUGAUACAGUUGGUUUGGUGGCUACAACAGUUGCUCAUGAGAUGGGUCAUAAUUUUGGUAUGGAGCAUGAUACAGAGGAGGAGUGCGAAUGUCCCGAUAAAAGAUGCAUCAUGGCCCCUUCAUCAGGCUCAAAGAGUCCAACACAUUGGAGUAGUUGCAGCUAUGAAUACUUAGCCUUAUCAUUUGAACGUUCCAUGGAUUAUUGUCUGCGAAAUAAGCCCACUAGUCUCUUUGAUUCACCUGUGUGUGGCAAUGGAUUUGUGGAAUCUGGAGAACAGUGCGAUUGUGGAUUGCCGGAUUACUGCACUAAUCCUUGUUGCAAUGCAUCUGCAUGUAUGCUGUAUGCUAAUGCAACUUGUGCAACAGGACACUGCUGUGACCUGGAGACUUGUGGGCCAAAACCUGCUGGGGUGCAGUGCCGUGCCUCCGUCCAUGAGUGUGAUUUGCCUGAAUACUGCACUGGUCAUUCUGAAUAUUGUCCUGAAGAUGUUUUCAAAGCUGAUGGGCAUCAGUGUUUAGCAGGACAGGCAUUCUGUCAUUCGGGUAUGUGUCGUACCCAUGAGGAACAGUGUAAGCUCCUAUGGGGCCCAACUGGGCAGAAUUCUGAUGAUAGAUGUUACAUGAUGAAUACUCAAGGAAGUCAUAAUGGAAACUGCGGCUAUAACUGGGUGAAUGAUACCUACUAUAAAUGCAACGAUGGGGAUGUCAAAUGUGGUAUGUUGCACUGCAUGCAUUUAAAUGAACGGCUGGAGUUUGGUAUGGAAAGCGUCAGCAAAGUGUCCCACAGUUUCCUCAAGGGCAAUAAGGGAGUUAUACCUUGCAGGGUAGCCCUGGUGGAUAUGGGAUUAGAUAUGGUAGACCCUGGUCUUGCCCCAAAUGGAGCAAAAUGUGGUAGAGGGAAGAUGUGUGUUGAUCAGCGUUGUAUGCCUGUUGGCAGUCUAAAAGUUGCCUCCUGCAACUGUAAUGGGCAUGGAGUUUGUAAUAAUAAUGGCCACUGUCAUUGUGAUAUAGGAUUUGCACCACCAGACUGCCUCUACCCAGGCUUAGGAGGUUCAGAAGACAGUGGACCUGCAUCAAACCCUCAUGCCACAAACACUUUUGUUGUCGGUAUGUUCAUCUUCUUCCUCGGCAUUGUACCUGCCAUAGUAUUGGUGAUGUGUCUUGUGUAUUACAUCCGAGGAAACCUCAAACUUUGGUGGGAGACAAAAGGGAGACCUGCCACAUCCAAGUUACCUAGAGUUGAUCCAAACAAAAGAAGCCAUCGGCCCCCUGGUUCUUUGUGCAUUGAAGUUGCUGAUGGCAGUCGACCAGUUGUAAGUAAUGGUGCUGGAAUAACUACAAGUCCUCGGUCUCCAACACCACCGUCAUCUCAAGGUUCUAAAAGCAACAGUCCUUUGCUUAAUGGUCAUGCAAAAUCAGUGGAUGGUGCGGGCGUUCCUGGAAAACCUUCACAACUUUUAGGAGGGUUCUUUGGUAAACAUGAAGGUUUUACAUUAUCUCCAUUAAAAGAAAAAUCUCUUCCUGGUUCAAAAACUAAUGGUGAUGUCCCACCACCUAUUCCACCUCCUCCAGCAACAAACAUUACUUCGUCUGCUCAAGUCACUCAUACUAAUAGUAGCAGCAGUAACUCAAAUAAUGCUUUGGCUGCUAGCUGGCGCGGAAAGUUUAAUCAGCCAAGUCAGACACCAUCUGCAGGGUCAGGAAUGAAAAUCACCAUUAGUGGUCCUAGUUUACAAGGAUCUACGAAUCCUGCAAUAGCAAGCCAUGUUUCCAAUUCGGUAAUACCUAGCAGGGCUGCUCCACAGCCCCCCGAUGUGAAAGCAGAACCCCCAUCAUCAGCAUCUAAUGACGUGCCACCUGUGGCGGUAAUUACGCCUACUCGUCGUGCGCCGUCUUUGGCUGCCCGACCACUCUCUGUACCUGAUGCUGCUACAUUAGUUGCUCAAGCUAACCAGCAAAUUGAAUCACAAGAUCAUGAAAGCAAAUCACAUGAAGGAGACAAGCAGUCUAAAGUUGCAAGGCUUGCUUCCUUCUUAAUUAAAAAAGAAAAACAAGGGAAUGAGAAUGAAGAUCUUGAAGCUUGUCGUUCUAAUACCUUACCCAGAAAAGCCGCCAAAAUCAAACGUGAAAGUUUAAUGCAACUAGAGAUUUCUGCACCAAUGCAACUGCAUGCCACAGAGUUGCCUGCAAAUUUAGUUCCAGUCAGGACAGCUCCUGAUCCUCCCAUGCCAAGCAAUCUUAAACCAAGCCAGGUUAAAGCUUCUCAGGAGGAGGCUAGCAAACCUAGCAAAGUUUCUUGGGCUCCAUCUGUACCUGAAGAUAAGGUAAAAACUCCAAAUUCAGGUGAUACAAGAUCAAAUAUCAGAGUCAUGUGGACUCCACCAGUUAGUGAAAAAGAUAAGGAUACCAACAUGGAACUGCAGCGUAUAGGGAGCAUGCGAGAGACACCAGUUACCAUUCGACCAAAUAUUCCUAAGUUUGGCUCUAUGCGAGCCCCUCGGCCAAAAAGUUUACCCCCAACUAGGCCAUCAGAACCCCCCCCUAGACCUCCUUUACCUACAAUCCCUGGAACACCUGAUUCAGACUCUUUUUAUGAUGACUGUCUUAAUGUUCAAGGAAGUCCAACUUUAGCACACAUAGAUGAAGACUUGUCUCCUGAGAACAUAUAUGCUACCAUUGAAGAGAAAACACCAGAGAAAGAGCCUGCAUUGGAAGAAGUAACCUAUACAGCUCAAGAUAUGCCUGACAGCAAGAAGGAAAAGAAGUCCAUAUUUUCCUUUUUAUACAACAAGCCAAAGAAGAAAGCAACUAAAGAGAAAGUUAUAUCAGACGAAGUCCCUAGUGAACCAAUUUAUACAAAUCUAAUUGAAUCUCCCCCCGAGGGAGAAGGACUAGGUAAUGUAGUAGUAAAAAAACCUGAUGAAUCUCCUUUAACUAGUAAUACAUCUUCAUCUGUCACCUCUCCAACCCCAGAUUUUCAUGAUAGUAACAGAACAAGUUGUGGUAGCUCAGAGGAUGGUGGAUUACUUUCAGAAAUUGUCACAGAACUUUCCACUCGUGAUGCAGAGUACGGUAGUACAUUAUCAAAAAAUAAAAAGAAAAAUAAAAAUGCUGUCACAGCAGGUACCGAGAUCUCUGCUGCAUCUGAUUUAGCAAGUAAUAAAUCAUCCAGCAAUACAACAUUGGCUAAAAGCACAUCAUAUCCGUUUGGGUCUGAAAAGAAUUCUAGUGCCUCAAAAGCAUCAUCUUCAUCAGCAACAGUUUCACCCACAAACAUUCCUAGUACUUCAGAAGAUACAUCUCAAAACAUAACCAACAGCAGUAGCAGCAAAGUAAAGUCAUCAUCAUCUGGUUUUGUACCACGAGGAGUAUUUUCUUAUCUUGGCUCUGGGAAAUCUAAGGCACCUGUAACAACAGUGCCUAGCACAUUUUCAUCCACGUCCAUAAAGGGUGCAGGAAUUUCUCCUCCCAUUGUUACUUCAUCACCAAGCACAGUAUCUUCAAAAAACAACACUAUGCUGUCUACAUCAAAACCUACUGAAAGACCUGCAGGACAGAAAAAUGUGUCACCGAGUGGACCGGAUGUUAUUAAGCCAGUAAUUUCACCAAGUAUAAGCACUAUAGGCGAUAAUGAUCGCAGUCAGAGAAUUAAUUCUUUAAAAUCCAGUUUCCUUUCUACAAAUCCAAAAGAGACAGAGCCUAGCAUUAGUGCCCCAUCUAGCACUGCCACUACAACCGUAGGUGCCACAUCAGCCUUAAGUAAUACUACAACAACUGUUGGUCCACUUAAAUCCACCGCAACUUCAAGUGGAAUGCCUUCUUCCCAGCGACCUAGUAGGCCUGUAUUUCCUCCAGAUAAAGUGGUCUUUCCCCCUGAUAAAGUAAUUAGUUCAACAAGCUCAGAAGCAGAAGGUUCAAGCAAGAAAAACACUUCAUCUAAGAAGGAGCCAGCAACUGCAGAUAAAGAUGCAGAUGUGACUUCGCCAACCUCUGGACAAAAUACUGCAAGGGGCAGAGGUGCUUCUCCUGUUUCAAAAGUCACUUCACCAGGUAACAAGACUGGAAGAGUUUUAUCACCAACACGUGGUAGUACACCAGUGCGUGGAACUACCCCUUCUAGAAACAUUGCAACAACUGGUAGUGGAAGAGGUGAUAAGAGUCGUAGUACGACGCCACAGCCAGGGGCAGUAAAGAAACCAAUGACUGUUGCAAAUAAUAAAACAGAUCAGAAGACUGUUAACAAAGCAGAAAAACCUGCAAAUAAGAUGUCUGAAAAAGUUGCCCCCAAAGUCACAGAAAAACAAGGGCCUAAAGUAACAAAUCAAGCAGUGGAAAAGCCAACAGUGAAAAAAGCCCCUAUAAAAUCUUCAUCAGUAUCUAGUAGUAAGCCUACAGGAACAGCAACUUCAAAUAAGCCUUCUGGUUCUGGAGUUGGUAGAGCAGGACGCAUCAGUAAUUCUCAUGUAGCGUCAUUACAACAAAAAUUUGAGAAAAAAGAAACUGAGGGUCAGGAAGCAAAGCCAUUAACCAAGGCACCCUCCAGGAAAAGCCAAGAAGUGAAACCGGUUGUAGCACCAAAACCAAAGUAAAGUUUAUUUUGAAAGGUUUUGCAGUGAUUAUCUUUUGUUGUUUGAAGUGGGAAAUUGGUGUUUUCUUGCUUUUCAUUUAAUUCUGUGUCAAUAUCAAAAUAAGUGCUGUUAUCAAAGAGAAAGUAUUGAAGUGAUAGAGAUGUUGUUGGUGUUAUAUAUAAAUCGUUAAACAAAUUUAUAUAUAUACAGUAUAAUAUAAACAAUAAUCCUUUUAUAAAGGAAUGACAGGUCUUACCGCCCAUACAUAGCAAGUGAUGCUGUGAUAAAAGUAGAACUGGAAAAUUUUAUUUAGAGAAUUAGCUUUAUGUAUCUUGAUACUUUUUUAAAUAUUGGUUGAUGUGUAAAACAUUUUUUUUAUCUGUUUAUAUUAGAUAGAAGCCGUCAUGUGUUAUGCAGUUAUGAUACCAAGUUGGGAUAUUGAUAUUAAGAGACUAUUUUAUAUAAACCAAAGAUAAUUCUUUUUAUUUAACAGUAUUAGUAACCCUUCUUAACCACAGUUGCAGUUUUUAAAUGAAGACAAAUUAGUGCUGAUGUGACAGCACUGGUUAUCCCUAGUCCAUCUGUAGUUUUUUUUUUCUUUUUUUGGGGGGAGGGAACAUUUAUACACAUU